CCCGCUGCUUGCUUUGGUCUCACCCGCCCAGAAAAUCCAGUCCGAUUUGUCUCAGCCAUCUCCGCCGCCGCUCAUUGCAUUCUUGCACAUAUCCGCCGCCGCUCAUUGAAUUCCGGCCCAUAUCCGCCGCCACUUUCUCCAUCACUCCGUAAUCGGAGCACCGGUUCUAAACAGGAGAAGCUCCCAACCAACAAAGGCCCAUAUUAUAUACUUCCAACGGGAUUUCGCUCCAUUGAUCGAUUCUCUAAUGUCAAUCUGGUUGCCGGCUCACAUUUUCAAAAACCAUUGCUUUAUAUUCGGACCUCGAAUUGGACUGAACUCCUGCCGUGUCCAUUCCCUCAGCAAUGGAUUUGCAGGAUUGUUUCCUAUCAAGAGGCGUGCAUCUGUCACGACUGCAGUGCCUAACCAUAGGAUUCGGGCAGGGAAACGCGAAACCUAUACAGUUGUGUCUGACAAUGUAAAUUAUGGUGGCAAACAGGUCAUAAGUGUCACUCCACAGCUCUAUGAAUACCUGCUCGGCAAUGUUAGAGAACCAGAGAUUUUGCGUGAACUUAGGGAGGAAACUGCCACGCUUCGGGGUAGUCAAAUGCAAGUUUCCCCUGAUCAAGCACAACUUCUUGCAAUGCUUGUCCAGAUCCAAGGAGCACAAAGAUGUAUUGAAGUUGGCAUCUUUACCGGAUACUCGUCAUUGGCAGUUGCUUUAGUUCUUCCGGAGCAAGGAUGCCUAGUUGCUUGCGAGAGAGAUGAAAAAUCAAUUGAGGUUACAAAGAGAUAUUAUGACCGUGCUGGUGUAUCUAGCAAGGUGGAUGUGAGACAUGGCAAAGCAGCUGAUACUCUACACUCUAUGAUUCAUAAUGGUGAAGGUUGCAGUUAUGACUUUGCUUUCAUUGACGCUGAUAAGAAAAUGUAUCAUGAAUACUUUGAGUUGCUACUAAGGCUGGUAAGGGUUGGAGGGGUCAUCGUAGUGGACAAUGUGCUUUGGCAUGGGAGAGUUGCUGAUACAUUGGCAAAUGAUUCCACAACGGUUAGCAUUCGGAGUUUCAACGAGAGCUUGUUUAAGGAUAAACGUGUAGAUAUCAGCAUGGUGCCGAUCGGCGAUGGCAUGACAAUCUGCCGGAAAAGAUGAGUAAUGUCAACACAGACAUUAGAAGGAGGUAUGCCUUAGUUAUAUAGGUUGAUAAAUAGAAAAACUAUUUGUGUGGAUUUAUUUAAUGAGCUCAAGCUUAUUUAUUACUCUCUCUAUUUACAUUUAACCAACAAUUAUGACUUUUGGUCUUUUGUAAUACAUCAACAUUUGAAAAAAUAUAGACAUGAUGACAUG